UUCUAAGCAACAGUCUCACCAGUUUUUUGAUCAUUUAAACAUUUUAUUGAUAAUGUUUGUGCUUUAGGUAAAGCAUGGAUUGACAGUGUAUAUCGGACACAGAAAAGGGUUGAAGUGAAUUAUAGCGCUGUGUAAGAUACCCGAGUUGACUUUGAGUCCAUGAACAUCAGGUUUCACUUUUUUUAAAUGCCUAAAACAUAUGUAUGUAUGCAUGUAUGUAUGUUUAUAAGGAUGUUGGGAAAUUAAGGUUUUGUGAACUUUGAAAACUGAAAGUGCUCUGCGCCCAAACAGUUCAAUAGCAGCCCAGGCUUGGACUCCUCUGCUCAGAAACCUUCUCCCCAAAUUGCAAACUCUUAUUUUCUUGGCAUUUGAAACAUUUCAGUUAUCUAGUCUUAGUUCCCGCUACCGUCCCCCUAAUCCCCCCACAAAGAGAGCAUUGUUUCUUUCUCUUUAGAAAUGCCUUCCACUGUCUUGCCUCCAUGCAUUUACUCUAGUGGAUGCCUCUUCCAAGAUUCCUGUUUCGUCUUCUAGACACGACCAUCCUUAUAUGUUCAAGUGCUGGAAAUAUAUCUUCCUCAUCUGAACCCUCGUAGAUUUAAGCUGUACCUCUCUAGUGGAACUUUAUUAACUACACUUGUUAUGUCUUUUCUUCCCUAAUUAGACUGUAAACUGAAAGUAGGGACCAUACCAUAUUCCAUCAUACCAAUCAUUUGAUUAUUACAGUGUUUUUCAAACUGAGGGGUGUGUUCUUGGGGUUUGCACUUCAGAGAAUUUUUGAUUUUGGUAUCCACUUACACAGUGAUUUUUUAAAGUAAUGUAAGCAUCACUCGGACUGUUUGGAUAACCAACUGAAUCCUGAAACCUGCUGGGCAAUUUCAGUGCCCACGUUUAUUUGUACUUAUGAUCUCAUUUUGGUGCCAAGAAAGAGAACUGGCUAAAAUGUAUGAAUGUUGAAUGUGCUACAGGUGAAGAUCAAAUGACAUGCUGUAUGAACAGAGGUUUUUCAUCAAGUUAAAGUGGCGAGAGGUUUCUUCCCUACAGCACAAACUAGCGUGCGUGACAAUAUCAAAAGAACCUGUGCAGCCACAGGCCAGAACCGUGUUCAUCUGCUAAGUGGCUAUUUGGUUUGGCAAAAUUUGAAUUUCAUCGGUUUUCAGUUUUGUUUGUAUCUAAUUCGUAUUCAUUCUUUCAUCAAAUAUUUGUUCUUUGGUUUUUAUGAUUAUGUAAGAGCUUUAGGAUAGAGAUUAUGCCUAGUUUUGUGUAUAAAUGUAUUUAAGAAACAAUACAAUAAUUUAAAUCGAUCCUAGGGGUCUGCAAGAAUGGUUUUCUUUUUUAAAAAAAUACUCAAUUUUUAGCAACACUGACUUAGAUGUUCAUCAUCCUCUAUCCCCUUACAGCUCAGACUUAGCAAAUAAAGAUCUAUUAUAAAGCCAAAGGCAUAGCCGCUUGUGUAGACACAGGUGUUGCUGCCCCAGCUCUGAAGGCCCAUUGCUUUAUUGAUCUCUGGCAUUUGUUUUCAGCUAAUAGGAGCUCCACCUGGGUCCUUAAAACAAAACCUUUGUCUCCUUGACAAAUUAUUCCCAAUUCCUAAAAGAAUAAUACUAAUAAAUAAGAUAAACCCACCAUGAAUAUAUUUAAAGAACCAGGCAGCUGCUGAGCGCUUACACUUUUCAUGCUCACAGUUCUCAGAGAAAAUGUUCUUGCAAGGAAAAACCUGGCUAAGGUUAUACAUCACAACAGGUAUCAUUCUAGGAAGAGAGCUAGAUAGGCCAGAGCAACAUGGAGAAAAUAAUUGUUAUCAGCUUAACAGGUUUCACUGCAGCUUUCAGGAAGCAGAAGAUUACUGUCGUGCUCUGGGAGGACACCUUGCUUUCACUUGGAACCAGGAGGUCCAAGAUCUCCUCUGGGACUUUCUGGAAGAAGGAAGAAGGUGGUGGGUUGGGGAAAAUUUAACACUGCUGGAAAAACAUCAAGAAAAAAACAACACAGCAGGUGUUGCAGCCCACCGGGCCCGCAAGCCCACCCGCUGCAUUUACCUGUCCAGAAACCACAAUCAGAUCUCAUCAAAAGUGAACUCCUGCUCACAGGGGCAUAAUUUCAUUUGCCAGGCUGAUGCUUUUUCAGACCAACAUGCCAAAUAUGAAAGAAAUGGAAAUAAUUCUCAUUCACGCAAGAGGACAAAAAAAGUCACAAUACCAAGAAACAGAUCGACCUCAGUAUCCACUCAUCUUUCAACCACAUGCCGGCAACAUGCUCAUGCUAAUCUCUCGAAGACCCUGUGCCAUUCCAUCAGCCCAUUUCCUUCAACCCCACCUGGAGUCACACAGCAGGGAGUAUCAGUCUCACCUCUCCCUACCAGCCAGCCUCUCCCUGCCAGCCAGCCUCUCCCUACCAGCCUGCCUCUCCCUACCAGCCAGCCUCUCCCUACCACCCAGCCUCUCCCUACCAGCCUGCCUCUCCCUACCAGCCAGCCUCUCCCUACCACCCAGCCUCUCCCUACCAGCCUGCCUCUCCCUACCAGCUUGCCUCUCCCUACCACCCAGCUUCUCCCUACCAGCCAGCCUCUCCCUACCACCCAGCCUCUCCCUACCACCCAGCCUCUCCCUACCACCCAGCCUCUCCCUACCAGCCUGCCUCUUCCUACCACCCAGCCUCUCCCUACCACCCAGCCUCUCCCUACCACCCAGCCUCUCCCUACCAGCCUGCCUCUCCCUACCAGCCUGCCUGUCCCUACCACCCAGCCUCUCCCUACCACCCAGCCUCUCCCUACCACCCAGCCUCUCCCUGUGACACCAGAGCUCACCAGGCCUGGAUCUGUAACACAUUCUGGAAAUGCUCCAGGAGAAAUCAGUUCAAGCUCCAAAGAGGACUCACAUCCAGGUAUCUUCACCACUUAUCCACAAGCAUCAUCUCAGAACACAUCUGAUCAGGUCAUAGAUGAGAUAACAAGGAACUUCAGUAAAGCAAUUCUUGAUUUGCAAGCUCACGACAAACCACAGAAAGCUUGUGAGGUCCUCGAGAAACUGGCAGCCUUUAUCCCAGGAUUUUCUGAGUCAGCUCAGGUCAGUGUCAUUGACACCCUCACGGACCUGAAUGAGCAGCUGCCGCAGAGCCCAUUUCUGAACAGCAGCAGCCUGAGCUCCAGAAUGCCUGUGACUGUGUGCCUCUUCCACUCCCUCAGCAACAUGAUGAAAGCUGGGGGAGCAAGCUGGCAAGGACCCAAGCGCGGCAUUGAGCAGGUAGAAAAUACACUGAAAAUGUCUGUGCUGAGCAUCGGGAGAAUUCAGGAAGCAUUUCUACAGCAGAAUCGGCGUUCUGAGUCCACAGUGACUCUGACCUCUUCCGCUGCUACCCUGAUGCUGAGCAGGCAAAACAUAUCAACUUUGCCUCUGAGCUCUUACACCCUCGGUUCCCCAGCACCUGUGAGGUUAGGGUUUCCGUCAGCAUCAGCCUUGGAGCAGCUCUUGAAUAAACACCCAGGAGUUAAUGUCCAAGUAACAGGACUAGCUUUCAAUCCCUUCAGAGAUUUUGACAACAAGAAGAUUGUAGGAAGCAUCGGAAGUGUGUUACUAAGCUCUGAUCAUAAACUGCUCCCAGUCCAUGAUUUAAUGGAGGAUAUCGAGAUUGUGCUCUGGAGAAAUAGGAGCAUGGAAACUCAUCCCACCAGCCUCAACGUGAGCACAGACUGUUUUGCUAUCGCAGUGAACAUCACUUCCCUGGAGAAAUCCCUGUUAGUGUACGUAGAGCCUGUAAGCCCCCUCUCAGUGACGCUCUACCUGGGGUUCCAGCACCAGCCUAACAACACACACUUCCACUUGAACCUCUCCCUGCCAAAGGAGAAAGUGUCACAGGAAGCUAAGCGCUCUUGUUUGUUCUCAGAUGAGGCGUAUACAUGGGUGCUGACUCCAGAGCGCCUUCAGUAUGGGGUCGGCACCUACUACAUAACGGCCGUGUUGAGUAGAAGCACGGAGGGUGCUCAGUGGACGCCCGCCCUGUUCUCAGUGGUCACGGCCGUCACCCAGUGUUAUUUCUGGGACGGCAGCAACAGCACGUGGAGGAGCCGUGGAUGCCAGGUUGGGCCACAGAGCACACUUUUGAGGACACAGUGCCUCUGUAACCACCUGACCUACUUUGGCAGCGAUUUCUUCAUUGUGCCUCGGACAGUAAAUGUGGAAGACGCAGUUGAGCUGUUCCUCCGCAUGCCCAGCAACCCCGUCGGGGUGUCCCUGCUGGCCAGCCUUGUCGGAGUCUACAUGCUCAUAUUUGUGUGGGCUUGGAGAAAGGACCAAGCAGAUAUGCAGAAGGUGAAGGUCACUGUCCUGGCUGAUAAUGACCCCAGCUCUCAAUUCCACUACCUUAUUGAGGUCUCCACGGGCUAUCGAAGAAGGGCCGCUACAACAGCUAACGUGGUCAUCACCCUUUAUGGGUCAGAGGGGCGGAGCGAGCCCCAUCACCUCUGUGACUCCCAGAAGGCAGUCUUUGAACGAGGGGGGCUGGAUGUCUUCCUCCUGGGCACUCCGUCCUCCCUGGGGGAGUUACACAGCCUGCGGCUCUGGCAUGACGAUGCUGGCAUCAGCCCUUCUUGGUAUGUAAACCAAGUAAUUGUCACCGACACUGCAGGUAGAAGGAAAUGGCACUUCCUGUGCAAUUGUUGGCUGGCUGUGGACCUUGGAGGCUGUGAGCGUGACCGAGUCUUCAUACCCGUCUCAAAGAAGGAGCUCUUUUCCUUUAGACACCUGUUCUCCUCCAUGAUUGUAGAAAAGUUCACCCAGGAUUGUCUGUGGCUCUCAGUAGCAACUCGACAUCCCUGGAACCAGUUUACAAGAGUCCAGCGGCUCACCUGCUUCAUGACCCUCCUUCUGUGCAACAUGGUCAUCAAUGUCAUGUUCUGGAAGAUGAACGGCACCACUGCCAAGAGAGAUGUGCAAGCUGUGGUGGGCCCACUUGCUGUGACCUGGCCUGAACUGCUCAUCAGCAUCCAAACUGCUGUCAUCCUUUUCCCCAUCAAUCUUGUGAUUGGGCGGCUUUUCCCGUUGAUUCAACCACAGGAACCUCUGCCUCUCCUUGCUCCCAUCCAGGCCUCCUGCCCCUCAGAUGCUUCUUUCAAGCCUCUCUCUCUCAUGGAGGUAGUUGAGGAAUUAAAGGAAACUGUGGGAUUCCUGCUCAGGAGAAAUAUGUACCUACUCUCAGAGUGUGAACAGUCUUCAUGGAGUUCUUACAACAUUAACCAGCUGGUGAAGCUUUUAUGCAGACUCGUUUGUUCUUACUUAGAGGGUCAAGGCUGGCACCAGCAAGCGGGACCCUGCUGGGCAAAUGUGUCCACCUGGAAUGUAUUUUCAGUGGUUCCUGAAAACCACCAUCAUUUCUGCGCUUACCUGCUCAGAGUUCUGCAGAGGCUCCAACCUCACUUAGGCACACUGGGUCCCACCCAGGCCGAUCAUCCUUGUGACUUCCUAGAUGCAGUCACCCAACUGCAGAAACUCCAGGAACUCUUAGAAACACAUAUUCUUCCCACAGAGCAAAGGCCAUCCAGGGAGGCAACCAGUUUCCCCAUCCUGAGCCCAGAAGAAGGGAAGCAGCCCAUCUCUAAUGGCCGGCUCAGAUGGUUGACUUACUGCUUCUGGGUCCUUCUGGGUGUCACUAGCCUGGCCUCAGCCUUUUUUACAGCACUUUAUAGCCUGGAACUGAACAGAGACCAAGCCACCAGCUGGGUUAUUUCGAUGAUAUUAUCACUGCUUCAGAACAUCUUCAUCAGCCAGCCAAUAAAGGUGAUCUUCCUCACAUUGUUUUACUCACUGCUGCUGCACAGAAUGCCGUGGCUUCACAAAGAGAAGGAACAUCAAACCAGGAGGAUCUUGGCACUCUUGGCAAGAUGUCCUUCAUCAUUACCUGGUUCAAGAGAUAAGAACAACCCCAUUUAUGUAGCCCCAGCUAUAAAGAGUCCAGUUAAGUGCCCAGAAAGAACCUUGAAAGAGAAGAAAUUCUUCAAGUUGACAAGAGAUAUUUUAGUACAAAUCCUUUUCCUCAUCCUGUUGAUGACUACAGUCUACUCGACACAGAACUCCAAUAGAUUUUACUUCCAUCAAGCUCUCCACAAGAGGUUUUCUCACCGUUUUUCAGAGAUCAAACUUCUUAAGCAUUUCUACCCCUGGGCCAAUAGCACCCUCCUUCCUAACCUGUACGGGGAUUACAGAGGAUUUGUUACUGAUGGAAACUCCUUUCUUUUGGGCAAUGUUCUACUUCGUCAGAUUCGCAUUCCUGGUGCCACAUUCUUUCCAAGUAGACUGUCUCCCCAAGAACAAGUGAAGCCAUCUCACCAAGAUCAGGAUGAUACAGAGAACUAUGGGGUUAACUGGGGGCCCCCUGACACAAACAACAAAAAAUUGGACAGCAUUUGGCAUUACCGGAAUCAGGAGACACUGUGUGGCUAUCCCAUCCAAGGGGAAUUUGCCACUUACUCCAGAGGAGGAGAUGUUGUAAGACUUGGAAGGAACUCCAGUAAUGCACUCAGAGUUCUACAGCAACUUGAACAUAGCCACUGGCUAGACCAUUGCACCGAAAGCCUCUUUGUGGAAUUUGUGGUCUUCAAUGCUAAUGUGAACCUAUUCUGUGUAGUGACCCUGAUUUUGGAGUCCAACAAUGUGGGUGCUUUCUUCCCCUCUGUAAGACUGGACAUUGUAACUUCCCUUCAGAUGUCAAAGGAAUCUGCCUGGUCUAUUGUCUCGCGAGUCAUCUACUAUCUACUAGUCUGUUACUAUGCCUUCGUACAGGGUCACCGGCUGAGACAGCAGAGAUGGAGGUUCUUCAUGAGGAAAGGAAACAUUCUAGACGUGAGCAUAAUCCUCAUUAGCUUUGUCAUCUUAGGACUUGAUGUGAAGCUUAUUUCUCUACUUAAGGAACACAUGGCGCAAUACCGCUACAACCGGGACAGGUUCAUCAGCUUCUAUGAGGCAGUUAAAGUGAAUUCAGCUGUCAUUCACCUCAUGGGCUUCCUAGUUCUUUUGGCAACUAUUCAGCUAUGGAACCUGCUGUGUCAAAACCCCAGGCUGCGGGUCAUUGGCAGAGCACUCAGCAAAGCCUGGGACGAGGUGCUGGGCUUCCUGCUGGUCAUCCUGAUCCUGCUGACAGGCUAUGCCAUUGCCUUUAACGUGCUAUUUGGAUGGAGCAUCUGUGACUAUCGAACUUUUCUCAGUUCAGCAGUGGCUGUUGUUGGUCUCCUGAUAGGAAUCUCUCAUCACAAGGAGGUUCUUGCUCUACACCCCGUCCUGGGCCCCCUUCUCAUCCUCACCAGUGUCAUUUUGAUGGCGCUUGUGAUCAUUAACCUUUUUGUUUCUGCCAUUUUAAUGGCCUUUGGUAAAGAAAGAAAGUCCCUUAAGAAAGACCCUGCACUGGUAGAUGUGCUGCUACUGAAGCUCUCAAGUUUGUUAGGAAUCCAGCGGCACCAGAACACACGUAAGCAAACAACUGUAACAGCAAUGGCCACCGACAAAUGAAGUUAUGCAAGAUGAACUACCUUAAUCCUGUUACCUCGUCGCUUAUUACUUCUUAGUAUAUUAAUACUGAUCUUUGCUUGGUAUACUUUAGAAAAUUAUAAGUGUUUGUAAUAUCCUUUAUUUUGUUAGUGAAAAAUCAAAACUCCCCUUGGCUGCAAAUUCUUAUGUUUAUGGAACUUGGCACUAUCAGAAAAGGGUUAACACUGCAAGAGGGAGGCAGGAUAAACCAGCUGUGCUGCUAAACAGCAAGAAAGAGAGCACUCAUCAUUCAUGUUCCAGGAGGACUGUGGGAAACGAGAGAAGUAAGCUCACUGCAACUUUAAUUAACGGUACAAGCAUGAGAUUUGGCUAAGGGGGAGCCCUGUCACAGAGAAGUAACCAAGCCAACCCACAGAUAACUAUCUGGGCUUAAAUACACAGAUGGAAAUGGGCUCUGUACUCCCCAGACAUCCAUCCACCUUACCCAAGGAGCCAAAGGUAAGGUCUGGCAUGUGCCCCAUAUGGGUCACU